CCCGCCCCCAGAAGGCAGUGCAGGGCCGCGGGCCGCGGGCACGGCGGAUCCCAGUCCCGGCACCGAGCGGCGCGCAGCAUGAGCGCCCCCGCCUCGACCCCCAUCUUCGCGCCCGGCGAGAACUGCGGGCCCGCGUGGCAGGCGGCGCCUGCGGCCUACGAUGCGGCCGACGCGCACCUGCAGAUCCUGGGCAAGCCGGUGAUGGAGCGCUGGGAGGCGCCCUACAUGCACUCGCUGGCCGCCGCCGCCUCCUCUGCAGGGGGCCGCGUGCUGGAGGUGGGCUUCGGCAUGGCCAUCGCCGCCUCCAAGGUGCAGGAGGCGCCCAUCGAGGAGCACUGGAUCAUCGAGUGCAACGAGGGCGUCUUCCAGCGGCUGCAGGACUGGGCCCCGCGGCAGCCCCACAAGGUGCCCCGCCCCUGUGCCACGUCCCAGAGGGGCUGGGGGUCUUCCAGCGGCUGCCCCACAAGGUGCCCCCGCCCCUGUGCCAUGUCCCAGAGGGGCUGGGGGUCGCGGCAGCCCCACAAGGUGGUGCCCUUGAAGGGCCUGUGGGAGGAGGUGGCGCCCACCCUGCCGGACGGCCACUUUGACGGCAUCCUGUACGACACGUACCCGCUGUCGGAGGAGACCUGGCACACGCACCAGUUCAACUUCAUCAAGAGCCACGCCUUCCGCCUGCUGAAGCCGGGAGGCGUCCUCACCUACUGCAACCUCACCUCCUGGGGCGAGCUGAUGAAGUCCCAGUACACGGACAUCACCACCAUGUUCGAGGAGACGCAGGUGCCCGCGCUGCUGGACGCCGGCUUCCGGCGGGAGAACAUCCGCGUGGAGGUGAUGGCGCUGGCGCCGCCGGCCGAGUGCCGCUACUACGCCUUCCCGCAGAUGAUCACGCCGCUGCUCACCAAGCACUGAGCGCCGUCCGCCCGCCCGCCCGCCCGGCCUCCCCCGCGCCGCCGCCUCGGGGCUCGAGGGCAAAUAAACGCUGCCCCGGCCUGGCCGGCCAGGACG